UAGAGAGGAAGUAGGAGGAGCUUCUUCCUUCUUUGUCUCCAGUUAGUGUUACUGCAGAUUUUGUGUGCAUUUAUUUGAGUUGAAACGAUCAUAUAUAUAGGAAUGGCUAAGGAAGGAGGAGGAGGCAAUAAUGAUGAGUUGUACGGGGUUCUGGGUUUGAAUAAGGAUUGCUCCCGAUCAGAGCUCAGGCAUGCCUACAAGAAACUUGUUCUGAAAUGGCACCCGGAUCGUUGUUCGGCGUCGGGGAAUCCAAAGGCCAUAGAAGAAGCUAAGAGCAAGUUCCAGGCAAUCCAGCAGGCCUACUCUGUGUUGUCAGACGAGAACAAAAGGUUUCUGUACGACGUAGGAGUGUACGACAACGACGAGGACCAGGACGGCAUGGGUGACUUCUUGAACGAAAUGGUAUCAAUGAUGAGCCAAACGACGCCUGAGGAAAAUGGGGAGGAGAGCUUGGAGGAGUUGCAGAAGCUGUUGGAUCAAAUGUUUGAAUCUGAUAACGCGACAGAAGCCAAUGCAUGCUAUGCUUCUUCUUCUUCAUCUACGUACGUGAGUUUCAAAACUACUUAUAAUUCUGCUGACUCUGAUGUCAACAACGUUAUUGGGAACUCCCAGGAAUCUUUUCACUUCGAUCAUGCCUACAAUAACUUCUGUUUAGGGGUCAGUAUAUAUUUAUUUAUUCAUGCUUUUCCUUCCUUUCUCCUCCCUCCUACAUUUUCAAGCUAUGCUGCACAUCAUGGACCAGAAAAAAAAAAAAAAACUUCAGAUAGAUGCUUUGCCUAGCAAAACCACAGAAUCAUAACACAGGUUUCUUGGUGCGUACUCAAUUAUUUACAAUUUGGAUCCACUUAAUUCUUGUUGGUUUUUGUUUUGUUUCAAAUUUUGGGAUGUGAAGACAAAUGGAGCAGCUUCAAGAUAUGAAGAAGGGGAAAGGAGAAAGAAGAUGAGAGGUAGCUAAUUAAGG